AUGAAAGAUAUCGAGUCAGAACGUUUCGACAGAACGGCCUAUUCUGCUGAAAUCAAAAUCGCGAUUGUCUUCGGUACGCGACCAGAGGCUGUGAAAAUGGCUCCGGUGAUUCAAGCGGUGGCCAGAUCGUCGACUCUGAGUGCGAUACUGAUCUCCACGGGUCAACACAAACAGAUGCUUGAGCAAGUUCUGCGCCAGUUCAGCUUGCAAGAUAAAAUUCAACACGAGCUAGCGCUGAUGAAGCCAAAUCAACAGCUCGCAGAGCUCACAUCGAGCGCGGUGCGCGCGGUAGACGGCGUGCUACGUUCGUCAAAACCAGACGCGGUGCUCGUGCAGGGCGAUACAACGACAGCGUUUAUCACGUCUUUGGCGGCGUUUUACUUGAAAAUACCAGUUGGACACAUCGAAGCGGGUCUUCGUACGCGUGAUAUCUACUCACCCUUUCCCGAAGAAGUCAAUAGACAGUGUAUCUCAGUUAUGGCGACGUAUCACUUCGCACCCACCGAACACGCGGCAAAAAAUCUGUACGACGAGGGUAGACGCACGAAUGUGUUUACAACCGGUAACACUGUUACUGAACCGAGUGAUCGAGUGAUUGAGCUAUCCAAAGUCGUGAAGACUGUAUCCACUCUGCGCGACGUGAGGCUGUUACUUCUCACCGCUCAUCGACGUGAAAACCUUGGCGAACCCAUACUCAACAUCUUCACAAGCAUAGAGAAGCUUCUGCAAGAAUACCCUGACGUCGUCGUGAUUUAUCCCAUUCACUUGAACCCUAUGUCGGACCACGCGCCGCCAACGACUACGCACUUACGGCGAUUGCUGAUAGUACCACCUCUAGACCAUGCAGAUUUAUUAUUCAUGAUGAAAGAGAGUUUUUUCGUCAUGACAGAUUCGGGAGGUAUCCAAGAGGAAGCGGUCACUCUAGGAAAACCGGUGUUAGUGCUCAGAGACACAACAGAGAGACCAGAAGGAGUGCUCGCGGGCGCCGCAAAACUAGUUGGUCACGGUGCAGAAAGUAUAUACACCGAAGCGGCGUCUUUGCUGAAAGAUCCCGAUUCUUAUAGAUCCAUGUCAGGCUCGAAGAAAACUUAUGGCGAUGGGAAUGCUGCUGGAAACAUCGUGGCCAAAGAAAAACAAAAGGAGCGACGGGGCACUGUGCCGAAGAAAUGAAGUCCAUAACCCUUGAUGAAAUACUAGGCAGUGGUUCGAAUCCUAUCGCCUUCAUGAAAAUGGAUAUUGAAGGAAAUGAGUGUCGCGUCUUGAAAGGCGCGGCGGCGACCUUACAUGGUGGCAACCCAUGUACAAUUUUAACUGAGUAUAAUCCUGGUCUUCAGCAAUAUACCAAUUGUACACUCAUCGACAUGAUCGAUCACAUGAAGCUAUUAGGUUACUUACCGCACACUUUUCAGCGACAAGGAUGCUCUUUGAAGGAGCUUACAUCCGUUCAGGCAGGAAAAAUGAGCGCGCCAGGAUCGGUGCAUAAUAUUUGCUGGAAACCUCUUUUAGUUCCCAAACAUUGCGUGAAAAAAGCGAGCUGAAACAUCGUUCCAACGCAUAGAAUAAGUACGCUCUAAGGUGAUAUUCGUAAAUCUGUUGC